CUCUCUUCCCCCCCCCUCAUUGUAUUUACGGGCCCUUCAGUUGAAGAGCACGAGGAGGCUAAUCUUUGCUGUGUCUUUUUAACUCUGCUUCCCCAGAUUUGAAAAAAUUUAGGCUUGUAUGUAUAUUUUUACAUAAUUUUAUUAAAUGAGGAAAAAAGGUGGAAAAGCAGGCUCAAUCGUAUUGUUAAAGAGAAAUUGGGAGGAAGAGGGUGGCAAAUAUAAUUGUCUAAUUUUGUAUGCAUGCUCCUGCAAGAAAUGACAGGAUUAUGUUUGCUUGCAUUUAACUGCAGCCUUGCACGCGAAUAUAAUUCUGUACACACACGCGCGUGCGUGCACACACACACACACACACACACACACCAGUAUUGUUAAUAGUCAAGGAAGCAAAAUGUGUGCACUUCAAAUAAGUUGGGAUAUGAGUUUCACAGAAUGUAUUAAGGCUUUAAAGUCUCCCAGCAAGCUUUAUCCAGUUCAGCAAGAUGUAUUUUGCACAAAAUACCACACUUUCUUGUGUCCUGGCUUCCUAAGGAAAUCCCUUUCCCCUUUAAACAAUCAAGGAAUAAUUUUCCUAUUUCCUCUCCCUCCCUUGCUCACUUUUCUGAGAAGCCAAAAUACCAACUUACUGGUAGUUAUGGGACAGGCUGUGAUGCCUUUGCUGCCGCAUUCUUUACAUUCCUCUUGUAAGUGUAUCUGCCAAAGGUCAAAAUGGUAGGUGAGCCAUAGACAAACACCUAGACUUGUCCUAGUUCUCCUGCCAUUAUUUUGCACAGACCCUCUGGAAAGCAGAAAAUACUCUGGGUUGGCUGUAUUGCUCAGCAUCUGAAGAUUUCUGAUGGUGGGACUAUUUCACUUAUAAAGUGCAGAAUCAAAAUCCUCUUCUUCUAUCCAAUCUCUAUUCCCAGCCACUUGGUCAAGUUUGCAGCAUUGUCAAGCUGAAUCCCCAGAAAGAUGGUUCCCAGACAAGAAGAUGGCAUCAGGUAACCCCAAAGAACUGGAUCCAGGAAGUCAUCCUGCACAGAUAGGAGAGGGCACUCUGGAAACUGAGUCCGUGUCACUGGCUGUAGGGGAAGGGUUCCCAAAUGCAAUUUCUCUUUCAUUUUCUGUCAAGAGUCGCUCUGCACAGGAUCUCAAUCUGCAGCUACAAGAGGCAGCAAGAAAGAAAUUAUGGGCCCUGGAAAAUGAUGAUAAAGAUGUUUGUGCUGUUUUCAAGGAGCUGUCAGCCAGGCUGGUAUGCAUCCAGGCACAGGAGAAUCGCUUUCUGCUCUCCUUCAGAACUGUGGAAGAAAUCUGGAAGUUUUCCACUUAUUUGGCACUUGGAUAUGUGGGUUGCUGCCUGGAACAACUUCUCUUCACUCCUGAGUACUGGUUGAACUGUGCUCAGGUAGAUGAUACUGAGAUCAUUGUCACGGUUGAUGAGGACUGCAUGGCCACCAUGUAUCUGGGUCUUCUGCUGCAGGAAGGCAGCUUUUUUGCCAGAGCAACACUCACCAUCCUUGCAGAAGAAGAAGAAGAGGAGGAGGAGGAGGAUUUAAAACUCCUCAAGAAUGAAUUAGUCCAUGUGAAAGACAUUGGACAUGAAACCAAGUGGGAAGGGACAUCACUGUUGACCGAUCAGAGGGGUCUGAUAUCUAUCACAACUAUAGAGCCAUUGCCCCCUCCAUUUUACCAGUGGUUUUUGAAGAACUAUCCAAUCAGUUGUGGCAUAUCCAAAGAAAUCAGUGGGUCUGACUCUUUGCAGAUUGGGCAAGGGAGAUGCACAGCUAUGGAAGAUCACAGAGGAAAAAGCUGGGAUGAACUGAGUUACUGCAAAGGGGAUAUCCUAGAGGUGAUCGGCUUUCUCAUUCCGGGUCUCCGUUGGUUUAUAGGGAAAUCCACAACUAGCGGGAUAAUUGGCUUUGUCCAGACCAAAUCAGUACAGCUUGAGAAUUAUGAAUCAAUGAGAAAGAACCCUGUAUUCUUCAGUGAAGAAGAAAUUUCUGCCUUCCUCCAGGCUCCAUGUAAUGACAAUGAGGUAUAUUACAGUAAUCUUCUUAAUGAAUGGGCACAGACAGACAUCACCUCUGUAUAUAGACUUGAUGGCUUUGAACCUAUUGCAAUGUACCCACAAAGACCAUCAGAUGCUGCUGUACAUGGACAUAAGAAUGGUUGGAUAUUUGAAAAUUGGGGGAAGCAAUCUUAUAACAGUUUAUUUACUCAUACUGAUUCUGAGAAGUCAACUCCAGUGGUUGAAUCUUCACCUUUCACCCUUGAACAUUUACUUCUGCCAGAGCCAGAUGACCUUGAUGACCCCAAGUUCUUUAUUGAUCUAAAUGCUGGGCAUAUGGAAGACUGUGAUGUGUUUGAUCCUAUACUGACUUUCCUCAAUCAAGAUAGCUAUGUGCCUCAUUUCCAAAGUCUCUAUGACCUCUCCUUUUCCUUCCUCAGUUCUACCUUAUAUGGUUUCACCACUGAAGAGGAGUUAGUCAUAUAUCUGGAGACAUCCAGGAACUGGGCUAAGAGGGGCCACCUUGCUUGGGCUCAUAUUCGGAUAUGUUAUCUUUUGGGCCGCCUCUGUGUCAGGAAGGCCAAGUUCUCCCAAGCACGAGUCUACUUUGAGGAAGCCAUGAAUAUUAUGGACAAGGGGUUUGAAGAUCUACCUCUACUUACCUCAUUACAUGCAAAUCUUGCUGCCAUUUAUCUAAAACAAAAGAUGAAGCAAAAGUUCUUAUCCAUGAUUGGGAAAGGGAUGACACUCCUGGCCUGCAUGUCUGGACACUGCUUCAGUUCUGAGACUGAACUAGAAGUUAUGAUGUAUAUCCUGAGAGAAGCCAUUGCUGUAGGCAACACAACAAUGGAGAUUCGGUCCUGCUUCCUCAUUGUCAGACUCUUCUUGCACCUGGGCAAAUAUGAUGAGGUCCUUCCUUUUGCAGAACGUUUGCAGUUUCUGAAUGCACAGCUUACCAGCCAGGCUACCAAUGCAUUUCCUUUAGAUACAAUGCCUUUUCUUGCCUAUCUGUAUGGAAAAAAGUAUGUGCCCCAUGUAGCUUUAGCAGCUGCCAGGAUGGUCUCCCCCAGCAAUAUAAAAGGUGGCUUCACACCCAUUUGGAGAGCUGGAUUCAUCCUUGCAAACACUUCUAAACUCUUGAAAGUCCAAGAGAAAAGCAACAACAGCAUCUCAGCAUUGGCUUGCUUCUAUCUGCAUUGUGGGUUGUCCUUCUCCCACGAAGCUGGGACUGUAUCUACUGAAAAAGCCUUGUGUGCACUUUUAUCCAAACUGUACCUCAAAUAUGGCAUGCUAGAAAAGGCUGUGCAUUACUCCAACCAAGCCGUUGCCCUUGGUAAAGUGAUGGGUGAAGAAGAAGCAUUUGAAGCAUCCCUUUCUUUGGGGUGGUUGUUUAUUUUGAACAGCCUACCAGAAAAGACCUCAGAGAUCAUGCAAUACCUCCUGUGUUCUCUGCGGCAGACAGACAGUGUCACACAAGAUGGGGUCGUUCACAAUCUUUUAGCCAUUGCCCUUACAAGAGAAGGGCAGGUGCAAAAGGCAGCAGAGAACUACUUAUGGGCCUUGAAGAAAGCCCAGGAAAAUGGAAAUCAGCGUAACCAAGCCAUUGCCUUAGCCAACUUUGGUUGCCUGGUCACAUCUUUGGGGGCUUACUAUUUAGGCGAAUACUAUUUUCUCCAGGCCAUUCAGCUGUAUUUUGAACUCCAGGAUGGUGAUGAUACACAGAUGGAACUGGUGCACAUUUUGUUAUGGGUGGCUCAGUCCAAGCUAGUGAGGUAUAAGGCAGAAGAAGGCAUUGUCUUUUAUGAGCUGGCCUUGGCCAUUGCCUUGAAGACUCAAAAUGUGAUAAGUCAACUUCAUGUCACUGAGUCCCUCUGCCAUUUCUAUAGUAAAGUGCAUCCUGAUAUCAGAGCCUCCAUUCUAUACCACGAGCACCACGUUCUCCUAGCUCGGCAUCUCCAGGACAGAGAAAAAGAAGGUCACCUUCUACAGGUCCUCAGCCAGCUCUACCAAAGUUUACAAACACCCAGAUCUUUGAAACAGGCAUUGGAUUCUACCAAGCAGAGCCUAAGAAUAUUUAUUGAUCUGGAGGAAAUUAUUAAAACAGCCCAGGCCUGGUUACAGGCUGGUAAGCUCUAUUAUCAAAUGCAAGAGAAUGAACUUGUGGAAAUGUAUUUACAGGCAUCCAUAGAGACAGCACUGAAACCCAAAGAGCUGCACCUGGCCAUGGAAUUAUACGAAGAGGCAGGAGAUGUCUUCUUCAAUGGAAUCAAGAACAGGCACAAGGCAGUGGAAUAUUACAGGGGAGGAGCUAUACCUUUGGCCAGGAAACUGAGAGACACAAUAACGGAGUUGAGAGUGUUCAACAAGCUAGCUGAACUCCAAAUUGGGCUCCACAAUUAUGAAAACGCUUUGGAAUUUGCUACCUUGGCAGUCAGACUCAGCGUGGAUGUAGGAGAUCAUUUGCAAGAAUUGGUUGCCUUUCAUCGGCUGGCAACUGUAUAUUACCUUCUGCAAAUGUAUGAGAUGGCUGAAGACUGCUACUUGAGGACGCUCUCUUUGCAUUCACCAGAACUGCAAGGGGCUCAAGAAGCCAUAUAUUACUCUAAGGUUUACUACCGACUGGGAGAUCUCACUCUCCACAAAUUAAAGGAUGAGCAAGAUGCAGCCAGUUACUUCUUCUUGGCCUUGGCUGCUGCCACUGAGUUUGAUGACUGUGGUUGGCAAGGCAAGAUCCAAGCCAGGUUGGCUCAAAUAUUUACUGAUACCCAAACAAAUAAGAAUCCAAGUGGGUGGACAACCUAUCGGGCCCGAUGGUUAAGCGAAGGAAGACAUGAUGUAUGAGCCAUCUGUUAAUAGAAUUCACAGCUCUUGAUGAAAGGACAUCAUUGUCCCUCUGCCAAGAAAAGAAGAGAAUUGUCAAUCUGGUGCUUCUAGUCCCUUGUGUUUCUGAAUGAAUAGAAAUCUUGUGGGCUGUUGUAAAUGGAUAUACACUGGCCAUCAGCUAAUGUGCGAGUGUGAGUGAAAAAGCAAGCUCAUUUUUUAAAUUUUAUUUUAUCAGCUACAUGUAAAGAAGACUUCAUUCACAUACAUGGGCCUUAUUUAAGAGAUUAGAGGACGUAAAAAAAUCAGUUAAAGCAAGACUGAGAGCCAGCUGGUUAUAAUGAUUAAGACACUAGGUUAGAAACUGGGUGAGUGUGAGUUCUAAUCUUGCCUUAAGCACAAAGCAAGUUGGGUGACCUUGGGCCAGCCAAUUUCACUCUUUAGCCAACCACUUCUGAAAAACCUCACCAAGAAAACAGCAGACUUCUUUGGGCAGUCUCUGAGAAUCAAUGUCAUUGAACAGAAGGGGGAGGAAAAGCAAGAUAAUGAAUGCACACCAUAAAAGCUGAAAAGAUAUGGGGGUGCAGAUUGUGUGUGAUAAGAAAUAAAUGGAGCUGAUCCUUGGAGAGAAUAUUCAACAUGCACCCAUUCAUCCUCAGUACCAAAAGACAAAGUCCUUUACAAGAUAGCAAUCAACAGAAAGCCUCUUGACAGCCUGAGAAAGAGUGCGAGAAAUUGCUCUUGCAACAAAUGUGAUUCUUUGUUCCUGUGUAUCUCAUCAGUUAUCUGUGCUUAGACCAGGAAAGGGACAGAAUCCACCCACUCUGCUCAAAAGGCUAAACAAAACCAGAUCUAUGUUUCAGUGGAAAACAUCAUGAAAUCCCAGGGUUCAAGCUGGCUAUGAAGUAAAAAAAAAAAAGCAUCGCAAUAAAUUGCUUCUAUAUUAUUGCCAAGAAAAUAAUGCAAGAGCAUGCAUAAAGUCACCAAGGGCUAGGUAUAACUCAAAUACUUAUCAGUAUUUAUAUUUAUUUUGGUUUCUCAUUAAUAUCUGCCUCACACUUCAAAUAAACUAAGAUCUCAAAAGGACCCUUUGGAAAGGAUGGAAACGAGAAUACCAUAUCCUAAGUAUGGUUAAAUGAGCUCUUCAGAGGUAUCUCCUUCCUUCUUAAUGGAUUGUGUUGCCAGCUCUCCACUGAUCCUGAAGAAGAAAGGAAAUGGCCCCUGUAUAUCUAGAGAAGGAGGGAAGGACAUGAUUGGAAGCUUCUUGGGAAAGCAAAGAAACCUCCAUACUCAGCCAGAUGUAUUGGGCUUCCAUACUGCUGGAAGGUGACUACAAAACUUUCAGAUUCUUUCUCUCAGUGAGAUACCCUCAGGAAGAGCAUGCUUACCACACUACUAUAGCUGUAUCUGACAUGUAGCUCAUUGGAUUUCUUUGAAUCAUUUGCUCUCUGCCCAUCCUACCUCACAGGAUUAUGAAGGUCUUUUAACAAACUACACAUGAGAUGACCUCUAUGCAUGAUGGCUUGAUUUGAUCUCUUUAGAAGAAAGUCAGGAAAUAAAGACAUACACUUCUUUUUGCCUGUAAA